AUCAAACUCAUUCGUAUAUUGCUUUCGGUCGAAGAAGCAGAGCAAAUACAGCGUCAAUUUGACCAUGAGUGCCGUAAAGACUCGCAAGUGUUGUGGACUGGCAUACCACGCGAAAAGGCCCAAGCAUGGGCCGACAAGAGGAAUCUUCAAACCUUGACAACAGUAAUGGGCCCACUGAUGGAUGAGCGACACUCGUCUUGCUUGAAACCGAAAAAAUCGGCCCGUCAAUGGACCAUCUACGUGAAAGGCGCAUCCGCCCUGUUCGCAUGCCACAUACUAAAGAGCUCAAAAGUUACCGUCCUGUCACCCCCUCCGCCGGAGAAGCUUAAUCCAAGUGGAUAUACGAAUUACCAGCUCAUCGAGGAACCCAUCUUGAAGGGUGUGAUCGGUGGCCGCUGUGUGAAGUCUAUUCAUAUGAUACAUCCAACUGUCAAAGGGGCCGAAGAGUUCAGCUACCAAAGUUGGCCGAUCGAUAGGACUCAAGAGUGGGCCGAAAAAUUCCCAUCACCAGAGAUAGUGCGGAUUCCAUGGAGACUUGUC